AUGUUAAAAAAAAUUGUUUUGCUCUUGAUCUUCAUUAUAGCAAUCUAAGCUAAAAAUCAUAGAUUGAAACAUACUAAAUCAAUUGUUGGACAUAAUUUAGCAAUGAAAUCUGGAGAUGCUUGUUUGCCAACAACUAAUUUGAGUGGACAAAAAAAAGAAGAAACUGCUGCCAAUUAAGCUAGGAAACAUUUAACUGUAUAUUAAUAAUAAAAGUUUAGAAAUUCGCUGAUGAUUUGACUGAAGAAAAUAGAAAAGCCACUGAAAAAUAACCCUUCCCAAAUCUAUACACAUAUUAAGAUGAUAAUUGUGUUGGAAAAGCUUAAGAUCCCCCAAAAAGAGAUAGAAGAAUGAGAAGAAGCUGA